AUGGCCAAUAAACAAAAUAGUAAUGGAAAAUCCAAAUUAAUAACUCGAAAGGGUACUUCUACGAGUUUGAAAAACAAUGUAGACUCGUCGACUCCAAAGAACUCGAAUAUUGGAAAUAAGUCUAAAAGUAAACUGUUAUUUAAACAGGAAGAAAAAAAAAUAAUCCCUGAUUCAGAAGACGAAAAAAUGUCAGAUUCUUCUGAAAGUAACGAUAGCUCAAGUGAAGCUUCGUCUAACGACUCUUCGAUUGACGAACCCAAACUUGAAAAGACAGUUACUAAGCCUUAUGAAAAAAGUCAAAUAAAGAAAAUUUCUGAUGACGAAGAUUCUGAAGAUAGUGAUACUGACGAAGAUAGUAGUGAGGAAGAAUCCGAAGAUAAUUCUAAUAAUAUCUCGAAAGAAAAAACUGAUUCGAAAAAGCCGCAAUCUAAUGAUAAAUAUGAAGAAGAAAGUGAUGAUUCUUCUGAUAGCAGUUCGGAAAGUGAAGAACUGGAAGAAAAAUCAGCACAGAUAAAAAAAAGAAUAUCUUCAAAUAAUGAUUCCAGUGAUGCAAACCCUGAUGAAUCCGAUAAUGAAGUCAUUGACGUACCGCAACACAAAAAAUCUAAAGCCGAUAAUUCCCCUUCAUCAUCAUCGUCGUCAUCUGAAAGUAACUCAAGCAACAAUAAUGAUACACCACAACAAGCUUCAAAAUUCGAUAAUAAUAUCGAUAACGAUAAUAAACGGAAAGCUUCACAACAAGAAUCCACUCCUUUCAAAAAACCAAAAACAAAUGGUUCCUCUGAUCAAGGAAAUUCUAUCUACGUAGGAAAUUUAUCAUAUAAUACAGACAAAGAAUCUUUGCAAAGAGUAUUUUCUCAAUUCGAAAUUGUAGAUGUACGUAUAAUAACCGAUCGAGAAACUGGUAGAUCAAAGGGCUUUGGAUACAUAGAUUUUGCAAAUUCUGAAGAUGCUCAGGCCGCCAUGGAAUUAUCUGGCCAAAACGUAGACGGAAGAGAUAUCAGAAUUGAUUUAGCUCAAUCAAAAUCUCCGUCAAAAAACCGCUUUAACUUCAAUGACAAUAAUCAUUCACCUACCAAUCGUCGAAAUAGUCAAGUCAGCUCCACUGUAUACGUUGGUAGUUUGCCCUAUAGUAUCAACGAAAAUCAACUCGCCGAAUUUUUCGAGGGAUGUGGUGAAGUAACGUCCAUAAGACUUCCGAAAUUCCCAGAUACUCAACGUCUUAAAGGGUUUGGCUAUGUUAACUUCACAGAUACGAAUGCCGCGAAAGCAGCACUUGAAUUGAAUGGUAAAGAGCUAAUGGGGCGCACAGUUCGUAUCGACUUUGCUUCCGAACGCGACUCUGCUAAUGGCAAUUCCGGAGGUGGUUUCUCAGGUCGUGGUAGUAAUCGUAGGGGGAAUCGUGGAGGUCGAGGCGGUGGUCAUCGCGGACUUGGUUUCAAUGGAGGAAGAGGCGGUAGAGGUGCAGGAUUUAGUCCAGCAGCAGCAGCGAAUCGAGGUUUUAUUGUAGCAAGUCAAGGCAAAAAAAUUAAAUUUGACGAAUGA